AUGAGUAUGUUAUUUGAUCAAAUAAAACUGUUACACAGCCAAAAAUUAUAUUCCAAUGUCAUAAAAGUGGCAGAGAUGGUUUUAAAAGUUAGUGAACACUCAACAGAUAUCUUAACAGCUCCACAUAAAUUUCGUGUAUUAGCAUAUCAGGGUGAUUCACAUUACUACUUGGGUAAUUAUCGUCAAGCAGAAGCUGUGUAUAAAACAGCAUUGACAUUUAAAGAUGCUUGUUCUUCUGCAAAAGCUACUCAAAAACAAUAUGAUGGCUUAAAAGAUCCUAUGCCUGAUAUAGAUAUAAAAUAUCAUUUACAUUUAUGUUUGGUGAAAUUAAAAGAUAAUAAACAGGCUUUAGCUAUUUUACAAUCGGUACCGUCCAAACAAAGAAAAACUAAAAUUAAUAUGGCUAUUGCCAAACUAAAUCAUCAAAUGGGCAAUAUUGUUCAUGCUGUUACUGCUUAUAACAAAGUUUUAAAAGAAUGUCCUCUGGCGAUUGAAGCAGCUGAAGGGCUUUUAAGCUUAGGUGUUAAAGGAAACGAAGUGAAUGCUAUGAUGUUAGACAUGGUUGGAAUUAAUGGACUUGAAUGGAUUAGUGGCUGGAUAAAAGCCCAUGCAUAUCUAUUUCAACAGACUGAAUUUCCUGCAGCUAUUAAUACAUUAAAACAAUUGGAUGAUAACUCACCUUUAUGCAACAGUAAUAGAUUAUUAGUAGCUAUUGGAAAGUCUUAUUAUUUUUAUGGAGAUCGUAAAAAUGCAUUAAUUUACUUACAAAGAGCUUACAAAUUAAAUCCACUAAUGCAAGAUGGCUUGUGUACACUAGCUAUGUGUCUAUACAUGGAAAAACACAACAAAGAGUUAGAAAAAUUGCUCCCAACAAGUUAUACAGACGAAUCAUCGAUUGAUUCCCAUAUGUGGAUCGUUCUUGCUUUUGUAUGCUAUAGUAAUAGCAACUAUUCAAAAGCUUUGUGUUUAGCGCAAAAGGCUUGUUCUGUUGAUCCAAGAAAUAUUGAAGCACUAUUGUUGCAUGGAAUGAUAUUAACAAGUAUGAAAAAAUAUUCUGAUGCCAUUUUACAAUUUCGUAAAGCUAAUGAUAUUGCUUCUUAUCUGUUCGAUCCACAUAAAGGUAUGGUAGAUUGUUAUAUAGCAUUGCAUAAGAUGAGAAAUGCACUGACAGCUGCUAGUAAUUGUUGUAAACAAAUGAAUAGCCACCCAAAAGCAUUAACAUUAUAUGCUUCAAUACUAAUGAAAGAUCCAAUAACAGUUGCUAAAGCAAGAAUACUUUUGGAAAGAGCAAUAAGUAUCGACGAUUAUUAUCUCCCAGCAAUAUAUAUGCUUGCUCAGAUAUAUGAACAAGAUGGAAAUUAUAGUCCUGCUGCUGCUUUAUUACAUAGGCAAGCAUUAGAUCAACCAACUUGUAGAUUAUAUCAAAUGUUGGGCGAUUUAAGUGUCAAACAAAAUCAAUUAGAAAGAGCAUUUGACUACUAUUAUUCUGCACUAAAUCUUGACCCGAAUAAUAAACGAGUUAUGGAGAGCUUAGAAAGUUUGGGUAAACCAUGUAAUACUUCAACAGCCACAUCUGCAGAUUCCACUGGACCUGUUUUAAAUGGUUCACUUUUAGAUGCCACAUUUAGUGGUGUUAAUAAUGCUGAAAACGAAUCAACACCAUUCAAUAAUGUUGUACAUGAAGAAGAUACAUUUAUGGAUUCUGAUCAUGAAGGAUCUGGAUCCGACAUAUCCAUAUAAUUGUUCAUGACAGUUUUAACCUAUGCCAAUAAACUUGGAUAUUAUAAGUAUUCUUA